AUGGUGAAGAAUGGAGCGCAGGAACAAUUAAGCGCGGGAGAGAAGGGAUUGUUGUACGUACCGUCUUCUCUGCAGAGACUAUCGUGUGGUCAUGAAGGCGUUGAAGGUCUCAAAGACUUUGAGAAAGUGUGGUGGGUGCUAGUUGGCCGAGGUGGUGAGGCUCGAAGAAAUAUUGAGAAGGUCAUGGAAGAGGAAUUCGGACGAGGCAGAUUUUCAAGUAGAGGAAGGCACUCGUGGCCUCAGGCAACAACACGGAUUAUACAUGAUCCGAUGCCCACGAGGAUUCAAGCUGUUGCUCUCUUGAAAGCUUGGGAGCUGAUAGUAUUUGAUCACAAAGUUGGGAAGUUUUUGCUAUGUUGAAAUGUGUAAAGUUGCUGAACUUGCAGGAAUACAACUCGCUUCAGUCACAUGCAAUCCAAACUCCAAAAACCCGCAUCUCCAUAUCAAACCACUCCAGAAUUCAGAUCCCAAAUCUGCUUAUGAAGUUAUGAAAUCCACAAAGAAUUAUCGACAUCUGGUAAGUCGACAAACCUGGGUCAAUCCUCAGUCCGCCAUGAAGAUCGAGAAAUUUUCAGUCUAGUUUCUCUCUCUAAAGGUCAUCCUGUGA